AUUGGGCCUGAAUAAAUAUGCUCAAAGUCCAAUCCACAAGCACAACCGCGCAAAUUGAAACGCUUUGGCGCCAAAAUUCUUUCUCGUCGUCUUCAUAAAUCAAAGGAGUUCAAAUUCGAAAAGCUUCGUUCGAUCACUGCACUCAGGUUACCCGAAAUUCUACUUUCAGAAGGUCAUUCACCACAACGUAAUGAGACGAAGAUUCAAAUCCGCUGUUAAUCAACCACCACAAGCCCUAAAUUCUUUUGCUGAAGGCGUCACUCAACAUCAACGCCUCAAUGAGGAUGCCCGAUUUGAUGUGAUCAAGGCGAAAAAGGUCACAUCCCCAGAUAGCGAAGCAGAUCCUCUUCCAAAUGCUGGAAGAGUUGCAUUAUCCAAAAAAUAUCGGACAGCUCACAACCCCAAUUCUGAUACGCCCAAAACUUCAGAGUAUGCUUUCUUCAAGAAGUUGAAAAAGAACAUUGGCCAUAGCAAUUCAGAUCUUCUCCAUAGAGGGAGUAAUCUAUCAAAGAUCACUCCACCUAGUAAUUGUAUCUCAGACAUAACGAGCACAUACAACGUGCUGAAGUGCCCAAAUAAGGACGUUAAAAUCCCAAUUCAAGUAGAAAAGGACCAUCACACCAAUGAAUGUCAGUCCUUUUUACCUGUUGAUGGUGUUAUUGGCAUAUCCAAGGAGGCAAAACUUAAGUCGUUUUCACUCCCAACUGCAGGGACUCCUGUAUAUUCAAAUUUGCGGCUGUCAUCCCUUGCAGGUCCAUCAAAUAAUUCAGGGAGCCAGUACUCUGGUAAUGGGAUUUUUGCAGCAAAGAGGCAGAAACUUUGUCAGCGGACAAAUAAACUGUUUCUUGAUGUUGAAAAACUCAAUUCUGAAAGGUUUGAUUUGGUUUCUGCACUUCUCAGGCGGCUGUUUCCUGGAAGGAAGGAGGAUGAAGAUUUCUGGGAUUCACAGGUCAGAAAAAGGGAAAUUGCAAGUACAAGCUCACUUGCAUAUGCUAAGACAGAUCAUGCAAAGACACAACCUCUUUUAAGGCACAUAGAAGAUGUUACAGCACCAGAAUAUAGGACGAGUCAGAGUGAUUGCUGUCCCAGUAAUUUCUUUGGUAGGCCAAAAGAGAGAGUUCCCCCAGAGUUGCACUAUGAAUAUGCAGAUAAAAGUCAAAUUGCAAGUAACAAAAUAACUAUAAGUUUGUGGGAUCAGAGUGAUUCAUUGCCUUCAUUAUGCUUUGAUUGUCAUGGUCUUGCUGAUCAAUUGCUACCUGAUAGACUUUAUACUGCAAAUAUGCCUGUAAGUAGAGGAGCGCAAGACUUAUUCUUAGAUUGGGAUUUCAAUGAGGAGAAAAAUGAUCCUGUAUUAGCCAUCACUACAAUCAGAGGGAAUAAAUUGUGUUCACCAAUAGCCACCUCACGGCACAUUGAUUACCAGCAGAGUACAGAAAAGAAGCUUGAUGCGCUGGCAUUGUGUUCAUCAUCUUUAUUCACAAACUCUGGAUAUUCUGAUGUGCUGCCAUAUUUUUGUUCAACAAGCUGUCAGCAGAAACUCUUUCCAACUGACGUCUGCUCCAAGGAUUUUGGAACGAUUCUUGAACAUGAGGAAUAUGCAGUUGCAAGAGUGGACCGGAUUGAUCUACCCUUGCUAUGUAACUCAGAGGAGCAAGAUCUUCUGGGAGAUCGUAAUCCUGAGAAUCCAUUUGAAAGCGGCAAUUCUAUCGUCCCGUAUCUAAGUCAUCAUGAGAAGAAUCAUUGUGAUUCUGAUGGCCUCUUGCCAAUGGCCUUGGAUACUUUUGGCUGGAAGUUCUUGUCAGCAACCAGUUCCCCGUUGCAGAUAGGUUUAUCUACUUAUCAUGCUUUAAGACUGCCUCAUAUAGAAUAUUCAAUUGGUCCAACACAAGAGGAGAUCAAAAACAGCUUGUAUGGUGUAAACCCAAGAGAAAUUGCUCCUCAAUCAGUUGAUCAUGCUCUCAACUCUGACAUCUGGUUCUCUUGCAACUCUGAAGUAUUUUGUGACAAAGCAAGUGGCAGAUCACUAUUACUUGAUAAUGCAAGCUGGAUUACAUCUGUUGAAGAAAUUUCCCCUGAUCAUUCUGAUGAAUGGACAUGGAGCUGAAGAUUCUCAUAUAUUUCAGCGCGUCCUGUAAUCAUAUUAAAUAAUCAUAUGACGGAAUAGCAGGAUUGCCCCCUAUCCCACUAAAGGUAUGUUCUUUCUCCAUGAUUAUUCUUCGUGUGGACCUGUUGGACUUUUGUUGUGCUUGAGAUUCAGGACCAUGUAAAUACAUAUAGUUCAAAACCAAAUAUACUUUCUUCUUUUUUCCAACAGAAUGGAAUUCCACCUUGGAAAACAUUGUUAAUUUCGGGAUGUUUCUUGCACUAGCACGACAUUAGUCUACUCUGUGCAAGUUACCAUUUUCUGGAAACAUUCAGUGCCAGAUACACAGUGCUUAACGGUAACAAAUGACUUGCCUGGCUUGGAACGUAAUUCCCCAAAUUAAGGUCUGUUGCUGGGCCUGUGGUAGUAAAUUGUUUUUUUGAGGUUGCAAAUAGGAAAACUUAGUAGUUCUGGUAUUUUGCUUCCUAUGUUUCAUUCACUAAGUAAACAAAUGUAGGUAUCAUCUAUACAUUCAGCCCCAGGAUUUCGGUCUAGAGAUAAAAAUGCAAUGCAUGAUGUGUAUCAAGAAGCACAUCACGGGUUUCAAACCCGCCACAGACAAAAGCUGGUAUUUUAGUGGAGAUGGAUAGAGGGGCAGGUCCAUUAUCCAUCAAGUCUUUUAUCCUGCAAUACUAGACCUCGGGGAUUUCUCCAUUACUUAAAAAAGGUAUCUAAUAUAUAUAUAUAGUAUUUACGAUGGCACUUUCUGAACAACAUUGCUCCAAGA